UCUCUCUAAUAUAUAUAAUUGUCUGCGAAAGAUGUCUGCGAGCGAGCUUGCUUGUACCUAUGCUUCUCUGAUCCUUCAUGAUGACGGCCUCUCAAUCACUGCCGAGAAGAUUGCUACAUUGGUAAAAGCAGCAAACGUGAAAGUGGAGUCGUACUGGCCAAGUCUCUUUGCAAAGCUUUUGGAGAAGAAGAAUGUUGAAGACCUCAUCAUGAACGUUGGCUCUGGUGGAGGUGGUGCUGCCGCCGCCACAGUUGCUACUCCGGCAGGUGGUGCCGCUGCCGCCCCUGAGGCUCCCGCAGUUAAGGAGAAAAAGGAGGAAGCCAUGGAAGAGAGCGAUGAUGAGAUGAUGUUCAGCUUGUUUGAUUAGACUCCUUUCAUUAUGUUUAGUUCCUUCUUUUCCAAGAAAAGUUAUAUAUAACCUUUUUUUUUUUUUUUUUUUUUGGUUUAGAUCAAGGUUUUGUUUUAUUCCUUGAGAGAUUAAGAUUAGUGGUUUUGUGUGUUGACAUUAUGGUACAGAUUUUCUUAGAAGAUUUGAACUUAAAAUCAGCU